GGCUGUUUUCCUCAAUCACACAUGACUUCUACGGACGUGCCGAGGAUUUAGUAGAACGUUUCUUAUUUAUUUAUUUAUUUUCUGGAACUCUAAACACGAGGACGUUUGGAAAGUAACGGAUGAAGAUACUUGCGUGAAGUUUUGGAUUAACUGGGACACUGAGCAGGAUGGCGCAUCUUUCUUUGUACUGUCUUCUGUCUCUGUCGCUUUUGCAUUUGGUGGCUUCAUCGGGAGUGUUUGAAUUGAAAGUUCACUCGUUCAUAACAUCAAGGAGAUAUUGUAGGAGAACUCGAGAUUGCAACAUCUUCUUCAGGAUUUGUCUUAAGCAUUCAGAAGACGUGAUCUCCGCCGAACCGCCGUGCACUUUCGGAACCGGUCAGACGAGUAUCCUCCGAGCGGACCAGAGCUCUAUAGCCAACAGCGCUGCCAUCCGCGUCCCUUUCCACUUCAAGUGGCCGGGGACAUUCUCUCUUAUUAUUGAGGCAUGGAAUGCAGAGUCUCCCAAAGAGCAUCAUGACUACACAGAGAAUCAAAACAACCUGAUCAGUCGUUUAGCCACGCGGAGACGCCUGGCAAUCGGGGAGGAUUGGUCUCAGGAUGUUCAUUUUGGCGAACAGAGUGAGCUCCGUUACUCAUAUCACGUUUUCUGCGAUGAGGGUUACCACGGCGAGGCAUGUUCAGAUUACUGCCGUCCCCGUGAUGACACGCUGGGACAUUACACCUGUGAUGAGAAUGGAAACAAGGAAUGCCUGGAAGGAUGGCGGGGAGACUACUGCUCUGACCCCAUCUGCUCUGCCGACUGCAGCGAGAGGCAUGGUUACUGCGAGUCACCUGGUGAGUGUAAGUGUCGUUUGGGGUGGCAGGGGCCCUCCUGCAGCGAGUGCGUGCAUUACCCGGGGUGCCUGCACGGGACCUGCUCACAGCCGUGGCAGUGUGUGUGUAAGGAGGGCUGGGGCGGCCUCUUCUGCAACCAGGACCUCAACUACUGCACCAACCACAAACCCUGUGCUAACGGCGCCACCUGCACCAACACCGGACAGGGAAGCUACACCUGCACUUGCCGGCCGGGUUACGGUGGCACAAACUGUGAGCUGGAGAUCAAUGAGUGUGACUGCAACCCCUGCAAAAAUGGAGGCAGUUGCAAUGAUCUGGAGAACGAUUACUCCUGUACGUGUCCUCAGGGAUUCUAUGGGAAGAACUGUGAGAUCAUCGCUAUGACAUGCGCAGAUGACCCCUGCUUUAACGGAGGCACAUGUGAGGAGAAAACCACUGGUGGCUACGUCUGCCGCUGCCCCCCAACCUUUACUGGAUCCAACUGUGAGAAGAGACUGGACCGCUGCAGUCACAAACCAUGUGCUAAUGGUGGCGAAUGUGUGGAUCUGGGUUCUAGCGCUUUGUGUCGUUGCCGCCCUGGUUUCACCGGCUCCCGGUGCGAGACAAACAUCGACGACUGCACUCGCUAUCUGUGUCAAAACGCUGGAACCUGCAUUGAUGGCGUAAACGACUACACCUGCACCUGUACACUAGGCUUCACCGGUAAAAACUGCAGUCUCCGAGCAGAUGCUUGUGUCACAAACCCAUGUCUACACGGGGGAACAUGCUUCACACACUUCUCAGGGCCGGUGUGUCAGUGUGUGCCUGGGUUCAUGGGGCUGACCUGCGAGUUCCCUGUGCAGGGAGGUUUGGAGAAGAUGGCCCCUCGAGCUGCACAGGCCUCCCCUUCAGCCAUGGCAGUGUCGUGUGUGUUAGGUGUGCUAGCUGUGUUUUUGGGGGGGUGUGUGGGGCUGGUGGUGAUCAGGAGAAGGAGACAUAGGUUACAUAGACAGCAACUGUGCGAUUCUGUGUUUAAUGAUUUGGAGACAGUGAAUAAUAUGGACAGGCAGCAUUAUCCCUAUGACAGAGAUUCAUAUAAUCAUUCUGUCAGUCAGGUGAAACCCACCAACACGGAGGGCAGACUCAGUCUCUCAUUGGCCGGAUCUAACACACUGCCUGCAGGGCAGGACUUCCUGUGGAGUGCUGGAGGAGGGCUCAGAUGAGUGUGUGUUAAUACGAAGCUAAACACACAAACUCUCAUAUGCAUUCACAUGGGUAUCUGACAGAAAAUAAUAUUGGACGGCUGAUGUGUCCUGUGGUGUGACAUGCAAUACUUCAUCUACAGCUAUAUUAAACAGUAAUUUGCAACUUCUUUUAUAAAUAUUAUGUAUUGUUAUGAGACUUUAUAUUCAUUAUGAUAGCCUACUACAGGUGUCACACCACAGGAUUAUUUAAAAUAAGGUAAUGAAAGUAAAACAAUGAUUAAAAACGGGGAAGAAAAAUUGUGACUUGUUACAAGACCUACACACUUUCCCUAACGCAUUUACAAAUACAUUUUAAGCAAAAAAUCUAUGUACAAAUUACAUGUCCACUCCCCACUUAUGAAAGUACACGCAUGAACACAUACACAGAAAGACACAAACAUGUCUUACACACACUCACAUGCAGGGAUUAAGAAUUUGGAUGUAGCACUUGCUUUUGUCUUAAUUUUUAUGAAUGAAUGAAUGAAUGAGCAGGUGAAUGAAUGCAUGAAUAUGUAUUAACAACUGAAUAUGGGAUUGGACCUUUACCAUCUGUAUGGGUGGACGACUCUGUAAACCAAAAAACAAUGAAACCAACAUGCACACGUGUGCUGGGCUCUGUGAAUAGAAUACAGACAGAAAACCGAACUGCUUUAGGUUACAGAACUCUAGAUACAGAGAACUAAUAUCUUUAUACAAAGAUCAAGGGAUUAAAAUAACUCUGUACAAAGAGAAGUAAAUGAAAUACCUCUAUUCAAAGAGACAAAAGUAAAACAGAAGAGCUGGUUUAAUUGCACUCCAGUCUAGGCUCAGUCUGUAUAAAAGUAAUGAAAAAACUGUCAAAGACCUUUUUCUCAGGAGGAUAAUAGUUUCAAUUCUUUAUUUUUACUAUUUCACCGAAUGUUUGUCAGAAUGUUUCACUCAGCUGAAUCUGCCAUGUUGUCAUUCUAAAAAAAUAGAAUAAAAAUAUGUAGAGAAAGGAAGCUAGCAGAACACAGUCAGGAAUAUGUUUAAACAACGUUCUUUAGACCAAAUGGGAAGGAUUUGCUUAAGUUUUGUAUAGCGUAUUAAGCAGCGUGUUUUCUUCCUCUAAUGAGAUGGGGAAAUGUUCGUAAUUGGAUCGUAAAAAUGUUAAAUUACAUAAAAUCAGAUUUUUCAAUGGAGUUUAUGUCUAAUGAAUGUUUAUUACUUUUGCUAGAUUAAUUUAAUCCUAAAUUUACACCUAAGUUUCUAUUUUGCAUUUUGUACUUUUGCUUUCAAUCAUUGUCAUGUCUUUGUAAAAAUUUAUGUUAA